CUUUGUUGGUAUGAAGUUCAAUUCCGUGUGCUCUGCACUACGGCCUUUUGUCUUUCAGGCAUACCUGUAUCAUUUGUUUUCCUUGUUUCCGUCUGCCUCAAUUUAUAGUUAUAGGUUGAGACUCUGUAGCAUUUGAAACACCAAGCUACUUUUACGAGCAUUCUUGUUUGUUUGAAUCUGUAACUAAUGGUAGCUUCUUCUUCUAACACUGCGGGACAACCCAAGCAUGUUCCUCGAAAUGCUUCUGAUGAACGUGAUCCUGUUGCAUCCGGCCAACAAGUAAGUGUUUUUGAUGGCUUAAUAAUAGCCCCACCUGAUUCUGUUUGUACUUCUGCGGAAUCCUCAUCCAGAAGGAAACGGCUGCCUUAUGAUAUCUUCAUAAAUCAUCAUGGAGGAGAUGCCAAACAUAAGAUAGCAAACAGUAUCUACAGAUCUUUAGAUGCUACUGGACUGAGGGUAUUUUUAGAUAAAGAUGAGCUAAAGCCUGGGGAUUUCUUUCCUAGAGCUCUAGAAGAAGCAAUGCGUAGUGCGUCACUCCAUAUAGCUAUUUUUUCUGAGCAUUAUGCGGAGUCCCCCUGGUGUUUAGCGGAGUUGGCAUUUAUGUUAGAAACUGGCACUAAAUUUAUCCCCAUUUUCUAUCAUGUCGAUCCGGCUACUUUAAGAUGGGCGAUAAAAGGAAAAGGAAGGUAUGCAGAAGCCUUGUCUAAGUAUGAAAUGAAAAGCAGUGAGCAGCAUGAAAAGAAGAGAAGAUACAGCUCAGAACAGCUUCAACACUGGAAAUGGGCACUCCACAAAGCCUCCUUUUUCACCGGCCACAUUAUUAACAAUCAGGAGGACGAGCAGAGGGUGGUGAAGAAUGUGGUGAAUUGUGUGUUGAAAGAAACGAACAAGGUAUUGUUUGAGGUUGCCAAGCAUCCGGUGGGUGUAGAUGAAGCUGUGCUGAACUUUGACAAAAUUGCAUUUCAAUCCGAUGGCUCGAUAAAAAUUGUUGGAAUAUGGGGUCUGGGUGGCUCUGGUAAAACCACUCUUGCAAAGAAAAUCUUUACCAACAAACGCUCGGACAUGGAUAGGGCAAGUUUUCUUUUCGAUCUUCGAGAUGCUGCAGGGAAAGGUCUGCUGGUUGAGAAGCAGAAAAAGCUUAUGAAGGACCUUGGUGUCGAAAGCGAAUCAUUUGACCAUGUAGAUGAAGGUAAAGGGAUCCUUCAAAGCCGUUUGAGAUCUGUAUCCGUCCUUAUCAUUUUAGAUGAUGUGGAUCAUACAGAUCAACUUGAUGCUCUGUUGCCAGCACGGGAGAGUCUUGGACAAGGAAGUUUGAUUGUCGUUACCACACGGGAGUUGAAUGUUCUUAAAGCAUGGGGCAUCUCUGCCAUUUAUCAAAUGGAAGCUCUCAGUGCCAUUCAUGCCAAGGAGCUGUUUUGUUGGCAUGCGUUCUUACAGCACUCCCCACUGGCGGGAUUCGAGGAUCUCGUUGAGGAGUUCUUAAAUGCUUGCAAAGGUCUGCCUUUGUCGCUUAAGGUCUUAGGGGCACAGCUCUAUGGCAUAUUCGACAAAAACUAUUGGCAGUCUCUAUUACAUAAAUUGUCCAGAAUAUUGCCGGACGAAAUCAAAUUGAGGCUCAAUGUCAGCUAUGAUGCCCUUGACGAUGAAGAGAAAGAAAUGUUCUUGGAUAUAGCGUGUUUUUUUAUUGGAGAGAGGAAAAAUGUGGCCAUUGCAGUAUGGGAGGGAUCAGGGUGGAGUGGUCUUCUUGGUUGGGAAAGGCUUUUCAAUAAGUGUCUUGUUGAGGUGGGAGAGGGCGUUAGAAGAUUCUAUGGGUGCGGUAGACGAUUCUAUGAGGUGACGGAUGAUGAUUACAUAAGAAUGCACGAUCACUUGAGGGAUCUGGGUAGAGAAAUUGCAAACCGACAGUCACCCUACCGACUUUGGUCUCCACAGCAGUCUAUCAAGAUUCACUCUCAACAGGAAGCAAUACAAAUCCGAGGAUUGGUAAACGCAAUUGGUGAAAAUUGUUACCUUCGGCAAGGGAAUAUCCUAAUACACACAAGCCUGGGAGAGCGUUGUCUCACGCUCUGCUCCCUUGGAUUGAAAAUUUUUGUUGGUAAUGGAGAUUUUAUUAAUCAGGAUCAAGUUGAAAUAUCAAGAGAACUUGUCUGGCUUCAGUGCGAAGAAUUUGAGCACAAAAAUCUUCCAUCGUGGCUUUCAUUGAAAAAAUUAAGAGUUUUGGAACUUUUCAAUGCUCGGAGCUUAGAAGGCUUGUGGGAACGAGAGGCGGAUGCUCCUUUGCAGCUAAGAGAGUUGGUCAUGUCGGGGUGCGACAGUUUGCGGGAAUUUCCGAGGUCAAUAGGACAUCUCAAGAAUUUGAGAAAGAUAAUAAUAGAUGAUAAUGUUAUAUGUAAUACAUUGAUCGACCUUCCACAAGACUUUUGUUAUCUCCAAUCGCUGGAGCACCUGGAGAUAACAGCGUGUCAUAAGUUGUCAUCUCUGCCUAAUAAUUUCGGCGAGUUGGCAAAUCUGCAACGCCUUAAUUUGUGUCAUUGCAUCAUGUUAAAGAUGUUACAUGAUUCUUAUAGUACAUUUUAUGAACUAUGGAAAUUGCUACCCAACUAUAUAUUUAUAUUUAUUUUCGUGCAUGAUUCGAAAGUUGUUCAUUCGAUUCUCCAUCCAUUACAGCAUUAUGUAGUAUUAGAAUAUUACCCUUCCAAUGAACAUUAUUUUCGUGCAUGAUUCGAAAGUUGUUCAUUCGAUUCAGUUCUGAGUUUCUAUCAAAGUUUUGUAUAUAUUCCUUUC